CUUGGAGAAACCCCAAGAUGCAGCCUGGAAAAGGACAAAAGGAGAAGAACUUCAAGCAAAGACUGAUCUUGAAGAGCCGCUUAGCUAAAGAAACCAUCUCUGAGUUCUUGGGCACCUUUAUAAUGAUCGUCCUUGGAUGUGGCUCUGUUGCCCAAGCUAUCCUCAGUCGAGGACUCUUUGGAGGAAUUAUCACUAUCAAUGUUGGAUUUGCAAUGGCAGUUGUAAUGGCCAUUUAUGUGACUGGAGGGGUCUCUGGUGGCCACAUCAACCCAGCUGUGUCUUUUGCAAUGUGUCUCUUCGGACGGAUGAAAUGGUACAAAUUUCCUUUUUAUGUGGGAGCCCAGUUCUUGGGAGCCUUUGCAGGAGCUGCAACCCUCUUUGGCAUUUACUAUGAUGGACUUAUGUCCUUUGCUGGUGGAAAAUUGCUCAUCGUGGGAGAAAAUGCAACAGCACACAUUUUUGCAACCUACCCAGCUCCAUAUCUGUCCCUGACGAAUGCAUUUGCAGACCAAGUAGUGGCCACCAUGUUCCUCCUCAUGAUUGUCUUUGCCAUUUUUGACUCCAGAAAUUUGGGAGUCCCCAGAGGCCUAGAGCCUGUUGUCAUCGGCCUCCUGAUUAUUGUCAUUUCUUCCUCCUUGGGACUGAACAGUGGUUGUGCCAUGAACCCAGCUCGAGACCUGAGUCCCAGGCUUUUCACUGCUUUGGCAGGAUGGGGCUUUGAGGUCUUCACGGCUGGAAAUAACUUCUGGUGGAUUCCUGUAGUGGGCCCUUUGGUUGGCGCUGUCAUUGGAGGCCUCAUCUAUGUUCUUGUCAUUGAAAUCCACCACCCAGAUCUUGACCCAGACUUCGAGACAGAACAAUCGGAGGACAAAACAGAUAAAUAUGAACUUAGUGUGAUAAUGUAGUGGUGUGCUCAGUCCUGGGUUUGCAAUGGGCUGAACUAGUAUUCUCUUCAGAAGAUGGCAUCCAGGCAGCUUCAUUUUCUCCACUAGCCAUGUGAGGCACCUACCUGUAAAAGCAUUCAAGUAAAAGUCUGCAAAUGCUGACCUCUUCUCCACCAGUUUCCCCCAGAAUAGCGUUGAUUGUCCCCUGUUCUGUUUAUUUCAUCCUUUGAUGGGAAUCCUUAUUACUAGGUGAGUGCCAAUCACUUAAAACCUUGACCAUGGACUUAUUUGGAUGAUCUUAGCUGCAUUACUUGUAUGAAGUAGCAUUAUAAAAGCCUGGACAAAUUCCACAAAGAUUACAUUUUGAAUAUCAACCAAAACUUAACUGAAAGACAAAAUAGUGAUUUUAGUUAAUAUAUCCAUGAAUUAGGGCGAACUAUGUAGUUAUGUUGUGCCACUAUAUUUGUAUAGAUACAGCUGUUCUUCAAACCUAGGAAUAAAGGAAGCAGUAGAACACGGCUGAAAAGCACAGGGGAAGGACGCUGUGGCAUUCAGAAACCUCAGGAGACAAGAUAAAUUUGGGAAACCAAAUGGAAUUUUUUAAUGGAAACCAUUUAUCAGAUUAAUCUCUUGCUCUUUGCAUUUUAGAGGGCACCAAUUAAUUUCCCUGUCUUUAGUAUAAUAACCUAAAAUACAACUGUAACCUCAGUCAUGAAAAAUACAUCACUCUGCAUUUUUAACUGAUUGUCCAUUUGAGGAUAGACAUUUGACAAGUGCAGUCAAUGGCUGCACUCAACCAUUAUUCUUCACAUGCCCCAGAAGUCAAAACUGAAAGCCAUUGGAUCCUGGACUAGAGGAAUCUUCAGGAUAGAAGGUCCCUGGAAAGAUAGCAUUACCUUACUGGGCUUUACAAUUCACAAAACACUUUCAUAUUUAUUAUCUAAUUUAAUCCUCAUGGUGACUGUUUGAGGUAUAUACCAUGCUUCCCAUUUUCUCGAUAAAGAAACAAAAACCCAGGGAAGUGAAGUGAGUUGCUGAAGGUCAGAUGGAAAGCUGAGCCUCAUCUAAUGCAUCCUACACCUUUCUGAAGAUCAAUAACUGGCCAAGAAUCUCGGCCAGCCCUUCUUGUCUGGCCAGAAGACGUGGAUUGGCAGCUGCCAGAACGUGUACAUCUUCUGGACAUAAUGUUCCUGGGAUCCUAAAAUACAAAGACCUUCAUCAUAUAAUUUUAUUUAUACUGUUACUGAAGCACUAACAAAGCAAAGAGGUAGCAAUUUGAUUGUACUUUUCAUGUGCUGAAUAACAUUAUUAAAAGGCCUCUCUUCCUUGGUCUUGCUAAAUUUUGCUCCUUUCCCCCCUCCUUGCCUCCCUGCCAAUCACAAACAUUACAUUUGGGUAAUUUCCCCUUGGCCAGGCUCUUCCCUGUGAAAUUCUCUAAUUGAUGUCACUUUGUCUCCAUAAGCUUGUAACUCACAAGCACCAGAGAAAUCGCCCUACACCAAGUGAUGCAUCCUCAGUCAAACUGUUAAAAAGCCCAGCCUUCCCAGAGGUAUCCAGUUCCCCAAUCGCUUUGUGAUGAUCACAGAAAAGUAAAUGUGAAAUGUCUCCCGUGGCCUCUCUACCAACCAUCUACCAACAUGGAAUGUGUUUCUUGCUCUGAAACUACCUGGAUAUUUCCUAUGUGAAAUAAAAUUGAUAUGGAGCGCC